GGCAGGUGAGUUUUCUUUGGUUGGAGUUAAGUGUUGUGUGCACAGACAUGAGAAUGGUGUUCUCAUCUCUCAGCAAGAAGGUGAAGAAGCGCAUUUCCCAAACUGUCAAACUUAAAGGGAUGAAGCGAUGGUGUGUAACGUGUUGUCGUCUUUUUACAGAUUUACAACCUCAGACAACAUUAGCAGCAGCAAAUCUCCACGUCACAGUAACUCACCGGCAAGAAACCUAAAGAUCAGCACACCAGCAAUGGGAAGUUCGUCCUGGUACUUAACACAGAGACUUCUUGUCUUACUUCUGUGUCAUCUUAAUCCUUCAGUUUCUUAUUCACUAAAAAACUGCACCAUCGAUUAUUCUGAGGACGUCUUGGCUGGUAUUUCAUUGGACUGCUCAAACCGUAAACUCGUCACUAUCCCCGAAGACAUCCCCAGAAAUGCAGUAACAGUGAAACUCCACACCAAUCUGAUUGAACGGAUUAACAGGGAUGAUUUUGUUAACCUCUCAAAGUUGAGCAUUUUGAUGCUGGACUUGAAUCAGAUUUAUCAUGUAGAUGAUGGGUCUUUCAUCCAUAUGGUCUCUUUGACAAGGCUCUACAUGAGGUGCAACAAACUCACCAACCUGACGGGCAACCUCUUUCGGGGACUGUCGAACCUCACCACGCUAGACCUCAGCACUAACAGCAUUCAGUUCAUUCAUACCUCUGCCUUUCAGUCCCUGUUCAGCUUACAAACUGUGAUGCUGCAGAACAAUGAGCUCCAACGUAUCGCCGACAUUCAACCCCUCCUGCAGCUACCACAUUUACAGAAUCUGAGUAUUGGUGCUAAUCAGUUUUCCUCCUUUCAGACCAAAGACCUGCUGCUGAGCAAGCCCUCAGGCCUGAAGAUGUUAGAUGUUUCUGACAGCAAGUUUGAAAAGUUCAGCAUCACAACACACAUCUUUCCCCACCUUGAGGCGAUCGACCUUUCUGCAAGCGGCCAUUCGCCUGGUUUGAAAUGGGACAUACCUGACAAGACUUUACUGAAGAACAUAACUCAACUGUAUUUCAGCAACACUUCGAUAUCUUUUGAAGGAAUCCAAAGGGUCCUGCAAAGUCUCAACUCACUGGCGCAUCUAAGACUGAAUUACAUGGAGAAGUGGAUUAACAACACACUCUUAGCUACAGUCUGCAAAAUACCUACACUAAAGAGGCUGGAUCUGUUUUACAGUCGUGUUUCCAAUUUGAGUACAGAACUUGGAACUUGCAGUCAGCUCAGCGAGCUUGACCUGUCUGAUACUCAUAUGACUGAACUGCCCAAAGGCUCCAUACGAUUCAUGAAGCAACUGAGGUACCUAAAUGUAGGCACCAACUCUCUCACCAAAGUGCCGGAUGACAUUAGAAGUCUGUCCUCCCUCGAGAUCCUGAUUCUUACUGACAAUGAGAUCUCUUGCUUGAGCUGUGAUGAUUUUAUAAACACAACGCGUCUCACAGAGCUUCAUCUAAACAUCAACCACAUUGCCAAACUGAACAGGUGUGUCUUUGAAAAUCUUACUGAACUGAAGGUUUUGGAUAUGAGUGACAACCUACUGUGGACAUUUGCAGAUGCCUUCAAAACAGGCCUGAAGAAGCUGAAGUUUUUGUAUUUAAGCCAAAAUGAUGUAUCUGUUUUUGAAGAUCAUGUUUUUGAAAGCUUGGGGUCCCUAGAAUAUUUGGAAGUGGUAUCACAUAAAGUUGGUAGGGUGUAUCCAAAUUCUUUUGAAGGACUGGACAACCUACAAACUCUGAGUGUAUCUCUUCCACUCGAAUAUGAAUGUAACUUCAGAGGAUUAAAACGGCUGGAAAAUCUUACAAUCUACUUAAAUACUGAUUUCAAAAAUUCUCGUCCAAGUUAUUAUGAAGAUUUGUUCCAUUUAAAAUCUCUUAAAGUUUUCACAGUAAUAUGCAAAAAGGAUCACGAUGGCCUCCCCUUUGACGUACGGAUAGAAAGGCUCCAGGCCAUGAAUCAUUUAGAGGAUUUCACAGCUCAGAAUAUAUAUAUUUCUGCACCACAUCCAGGAACAUUUCAGUUCAAUCCACAGCUCAAGAGUCUGACAAUUGGGCAAACUGAUUUAUCAGAUUUGCUUCCUGAACUGUUUGAGCCAAUCCCAAACUUGCAGGCUCUUGAUCUUUCUAAUAGUAAGCUAAAGUCUCUAGAUUUUCUGGCCCAGGUAAACCUGUCUGCACUCAGAUGUUUAAAGCUGAGUGAUAAUGAGAUUACAGUGAUCAAUGAGACAGUCUUGCAGUCUCUACCUGCACUAACAUACCUGGACCUGAGCAACAACCCUUUCACGUGUGACUGUUCUAACGCCGGCUUUAUCCAGUGGGUGAAGAGCAACACGCAAACACAGGUUGUUAACGGCCAUCAGUACACUUGCUCCUUUCCUGUAGCUGCACAAGGAAGCAAGUUGCUGGACUUUGACACCCAGUCCUGUCGGAUGGACAUUAGCUCCCUCUGCUUCAUUUCCAGCACCAGUCUGAUUGUGCUAACUCUUCUCACAUCCUUCAUUUACCACUUUCUGAGAUGGCAGCUGGCCUACACCUUCUACCUCUUCCUGGCCUUCCUCUAUGACAACAGGAGGAAGAAGAAGAAGAAGAGAGCUCCUCACCGCUACGAUGCCUUCAUCUCCUACAGUGUUCAUGAUGAGGCCUGGGUUUACAGAGAGAUGCUUCCAGUGCUGGAGGGAAAGCAGGGCUGGAGACUCUGUCUGCACCACAGAGACUUCCAACCAGGUAAAGCCAUCAUAGAAAACAUCACUGACGCCAUCUACGACAGCAGGAAGACCAUCUGCGUGAUCAGCCAGUGCUACCUGCAGAGCGAGUGGUGCUCCAGAGAGAUCCAGAUGGCCAGCUUCCGUCUGUUCGACGAGCAGAAGGACGUGUUGAUCCUGCUGUUUCUGGAGGACAUCCCGGCCCAGCUGCUGUCUCCAUACUACCGCAUGAGGAAGCUGCUGAAGAAACGCACCUACCUGAGCUGGCGGCAGGCCGACCAACACUCGGGCGUCUUCUGGCAGAACGUCCGCAGGGCUCUGGAGACCGGGGACGCUCCCGCCGACAACGCGGACCUCCUGACUGGACCAUCGGGAUGUUGAGAACAUCACUGACCCCAAAGUGAAGCUACUGACAGGUGAAUUUUAAAGUGCUGGUUGCUCCACUGCUGUGGGAAGGUACAAUCACCUUCACACUGUACUGAUUCUCAAACACAUUAAAAUGUGGACCACUAGACUGUAAUAGUGUUACAGAGGCUUUAUCACUGUUGACUUUGAUGCUAUGUGUAACUGUUGUAUAAAGUUGCUCGUUCUGCUUCAUGACAGCUUCAUCGUAGUAUCAGUCUGGUUAACUGAUUAUGUUGCAGACAUGUCGGAGCUGCCAAUUCCAAAACUUUAUGGAACUUUUUACACACCAAAAUAUGUAAACAUUGGAUCUACAAAUACCGGAAUUCUCCUUUAAUCUCUACAACAAGCAAACAAACAAUAAAUAAAAAGGCUGCACGUCGAUCACGUGAUCACGUUUUGCUCCUGUAGUUCUGUAGAUUCUCCCACUGAUCGUUCAGCCUCGUUAAUCUUGAUUUCACUGAUUACAAACUCUCAUAUUACAUACACUCAUUAAAUACUGUGUGUGUGUGUGUGUGUGUGAGAGAGAGAGAGAGAAGCAGCUAAGAGACAACAAGAGGAGAAAUUAAAAACUGACAGAAGUUCAGCGAUGAAGAAAAAUGACUUUGUAUUUUUAUAGAUUUCACAUUUAAAAAUCAAUAUUUCAUUUUAUUAAGUGACUUUGUUUUAGUCUGAGUUUUUACUUUCAGUCAUUUUAUGUUAUCAGCUUUUUUCGCAUUUAUUUCAUUAUUUAACUGAGUCGACUGCACUGUUCAGAUUGAUUAUUUUACGUCUCAGUUAAUUACCAUUGAUUACUAUCCUAAUGCACUGAGCAUGUGUACAGCAAAGCUAGCUGACUGUUUAGAAGUCAUGUUUAGUGCCACUUCAUGAUGACAUGCAGGAGGUGCUGAUGAAGAGAAGGAAUGUCCUGUAUUAUUAUAAAGUAAUAUUAUAAAGAGAAAUACAAAAACAUAACAAGAGAACAACAAAAGUACUUUCUUGUAGCUGAGCACUCACUUACUUAACUUACUGAACUGCAUAGUUUCACUUUAACAGACAUAAAGAUGGCCGACGUGCCUUCACUUCCUCCCACUGGGCCAAAGUGAAGGCAGAACAUCCCUAAUAGGAGUGCUGCCAUCUUGUUCUGGUGAUGUCAUUUGGAGCCAACGUCUGUGCUGUAGUGAUCGCGAGGUGGAGCUGCAGUAUUGAGUUCCCGCCCACAUACCCAUAUGAGCCAAUCAGGAGCAGCACUCAGCUGUCAAUCAUGAUCAGAAAAAUGAACACUUGAACAAACAUCAAUUUAAACCACCUGGUUAGUUUAUAUAUGCACCACAACCCGACCUGGGACAAACAGGUGAAGAUGGAUGGAUGGGUGGAGUAACAGCUGCUAAUGUUCGCUGACUGUAGUUAUUAGAAUAGAUUUCACAUGUACAGUUCAUGCAGUGAACUCAGCUGUUGGACUUGACAUGCUGUAGUUAUUGGAUUAGAUGUAAUUUAACCCAUUUUUGUAUUUAACUGAACAGUCCAGCAGACAGCAGCAUUAUCACUGUGUUAUCAAUCAUCUUAUAAAGUGGCUGUGUACUUAGCAGCAGAUCCACUGUGUGUUAUCGAUCAGGGACAUAAAUCUGAUUCAUGGUCGAUCAGUGUCUCAAAAACAGCCUCGAUCAGCUGCCUGCUGAUUAAUUAAACCUUUAAUUUCCUCAGUCGAUACAUCCUUAAUAUGGCCGUAUCGAUCACGUGUGUGUGUGUGUGUUCCUUGUACAUCAUUAGUGAGCAGCGUUAAGUGUAAUUAAUCAAACUCAGAUUACAAAGAGAGAUGCAUUAUCAGACGUUCACUCUCUGUUUUUCAUAUUCUUUUAAUUUCAGCCUUCUCCAGGUCGUAAUUUCUUUGUGUUUUAUUAAAAAUCAGCGCUGCUUCUUAACGACUGUUAUCUGCUUCACUCUGUGGCCUUUCAAAGAAAAAUGAUGGAGACAUUUUUUUCUCUAGAACUGAUGAAAAUUAAUGAAUAACUAAUUUAUUUUCGGUAGCUUUAAAGAUUGUGUUUAUUUCAUCGCAAUGAUUUCUCCAUUAAAUUCUUCUUCGA